AUGCACUGUUUCAUUGGAGUCAGAAUAAUAUUAAUCUAUACUGCUAAGCAGCGAAGUAAAUUUAACAGAAAUCAAACAGAUGUGCAGAUUGACGAAGGUGAUGUAAUAGGAACAAACUCUUUUAAGGAACUUUUCUUGAACGAUUUUUGGGGCACGCCUAUGUCUGAUGCAAGCAGCCUCUUGUCGACCAUUGACCACCCUUUCUUUUUGAGUGUGAGUGGACUAUUACGUGAACGAAAACACUUUCAAGGAGAGACUCCAGCUGUACUUUAUUAA